GGCAAUACCAAUAUUUUGCGCUGCUGAUAAUUUGCGAAUUGCGAUCAUCGCGUGAAAUAAUUUUGAAAUAUCAAAUGAAUUUUCGUGCGUGUUUGUGCAUUGUACGUUUGUUAUUAGUUUAGAUUUAUCGAAAAAUAAUAUUGUUGUGUAACUACCAAGUUAAAUUGUGCGAUUAUGUGUUGCCGGACCAUGACAUGAGUGAACAAGAAUUGUUUUAAAAUUGUUUGAAAAAGUUCACGUCCACGAUGGUGUUUGAGUCUAUUGUGGUGGAUGUGCUGAAUAGGUUUCUGGGGGACUAUGUGGAGAACUUGAACCGGUCUCAGCUGAAACUUGGCAUAUGGGGAGGCGACGUCGUGUUGGAAAACUUGAUAUUGAAACAAAAUGCCCUGGAAGAGCUCAAUAUUCCAGUGCAAACAGUCUAUGGACAUUUAGAUGAUAACAAACUUGAUGAAACCUUCGUCGAGAAGUUAGUGACACAAAUUAUUAAAAAUGUGCAACUCAAGAUUACUGACAUACACAUACGCUAUGAGGAUAGCAUAACAAACCCGAAGGCGCCUUUCUCCUUUGGGAUAACGUUGCACAAUCUGUCCGUCCAUACAACCGAUGAAAAUUGGAAGCAAACGAUCAUACAAGAAGCUGUUACUAAGAUCUUCAAGGUAUUGAAUUUGGAAGGGCUCGCCAUAUACUGGAAUCCCGCAACGGAAUUAUAUUCAAGAUCAACCCCACAAGAUAUCAAGACUCGUCUCGAGACGGAGAUAGCUACGAAGACAUCACAACCUUCUUUCUAUAAAUAUGCAUUGGGCCCAAUAAAUGCCACUGCAAAAUUACAACUAAAUCCGAAACCUGAGGGCGAUACUCCAAAGUUUAGCAUACCCAAAGUUAUUUUAAGUUUACACAUGGAACAGCUGUCAGUCAGCUUGACCAAAAGUCAAUACCAAGAUAUGAUGCUACUAGCUGACUCUAUGGACAGAAUGAGCAAAGGCGUGCCAUACAGAAAAUACCGUCCAGACCUGAAGAGCUACAAAGGCCACUACAAGGAAUGGUGGAAGUUCGCUUACACCUGCAUCUUGGAAGAAGAAGUCCGCCGUCGUAGACGCAAUUGGGACUGGACCCACAUGCUAUCCCAUAGGAACCUUUGCAAGAGCUAUGCUACUGCGUACCAAACGAAAUUGAGCAGCAAAGGGAAGGUGGCUGCGGACCAACAGAUAGUCCUGGAUAAGGCUGAGAAGACCCUGGAUUUGUUGAACUUGGUCGUCAUUCGGCAGAGGAUAGAGAUGGAGGUGGAAAGGUUAGGAAAAUUGGAAGAGGAGGCGAAGAAAUCUCGAGGUUGGUUCAGUGGAUGGUGGGGAGGCGGGUCCAAGGAGGAGGAGCUUGAAGAAGGCACUGCCAUAAUGAAGCAGUUCGAGAAAGCGAUGACGUCAGAAGAGAAAGAAAAGCUCUUCCGUGCCAUAGACUACCAAGAGAACUCGGCGCCGCUCCAUCUACCCACGGAAUAUGUGGCUCUUGAGACACAUUUCCGCCUCGACCGAUUACAAGUGGCUGUCAAUGACGUCGCCGAAGUUCUGAAGGCGUGUGUAGACAAUGUCGUGGUGGAUAUGAAGCAGCGGCCCAGUGCUAAUGCCUUGAGCGAAAUAAGAUUCAGAAUAAGAAUAAGUGUGCUGCUUACACAAUACGUGUGCUGCUUACCCACGGAAUACGUGGCUCUUGAGACACAUUUCCGCCUCGACCGAUUACAAGUGGCUGUCAAUGACGUCGCCGAAGUUCUGAAGGCGUGUGUAGAAAAUGUCGUGGUGGAUAUGAAACAGCGGCCCAGUGCUAACGCCUUGAGGGUGGACGUUCAAAUGCAAGCCUUCACUGUGACGGGUGUGCAGCAGGGUGACUUCGAGCCUCAGUUGGUGGUCUCCAAAGAGGUCACUAAAGACGUUAACCUACUUAACGUCAUCUUCGAGAAAAAUCCUCUAGAUGGCGCUUGCGACCAAAGAGUCAAAGUGUCUGCGCGCCCACUGCAAAUAGUGUACGACGCUCAAACUGUCAUAGAGAUCGUUAACGUAUUCAAGCCUCCCAGCGAAUCCACAGCUUUGACUACGUUGCAAGCAGCUGCCGGCAACAAACUGACAGAGAUGAAAGAGAAGUCUGCGCUAGGCAUGCAGUAUGCUGUGCAUCACCACACGUUCAUAGACUUGGACGUCGAUAUCGCAGCCUCGUACAUUAUUGUGCCGCAAACGGGAAAGUAUAAAGGUGACGAGGCGUGCGUAGUGGUCAAGCUCGGUGCUAUAAGCGUGAAGUCGGAACCGCGAGCUCAGGAGUUGGACGUGAGGAAGCUUUACAAGGAAGGACUGGCUGAUGAGGACAUCCUGAAGGCCAUCACGCACCACAGCUAUGACAAGAUGGCGCUGGAACUCACGGAAAUGCAGAUUGUAAUAGCAACCUCGAAAGAAGACUGGCAGUCGGCCAUAGUGUCAAACGAAGCCACGCCUCUCCACUUGCUGCAACCUACCAACUUAGUGAUACAAAUCCACAAGUGCCUCAUCACAGACGACCCUCGUCUACCUAAGAUUAAAGUGAGGGGUGAAUUGCAGAAGAUCGCUAUUAGUGCUUCGGAAGACAGGUUGUUAACACUAUGCGAAAUAAUAGUAAGCAUGCCCCUUCCAAACUCUGAGGAAGCCGUUGCACUAAAGCCAAGUGAAUCAAAGGGAUCUAGUCUAUCGUUGUUGAGGUAUUUGGACCCGGCGGAGAAACAGAAGCGCGACAUCGCGCGCUCCAACCAAAGGGACCCCGAGGAGCAAUCGCUGCAGUUAACUGAAGUGGACGCUGUGUUUAUUAUGAAAGAACUAGUUCUCAGCGUCAACCGAAAGACGCUUCACGCGACAAACGGGUACGACAAAUUCCUCGUGUUCUCGCUCAACCAGUUAAAACUGACGGUCGUACAAAAGACGUUCAACCUGGACGCCACCGUUCGUCUGGGGGCUGUCAAUAUGCAGCACCACAGAGCUGGGUAUAAAGUCAUCAAUAUGAUCGAAACGCCAGACGUCUUGACUGAGGAUAAGGAAACGCCUAACAACCAGUAUCUCUUCGCUGUCACUUAUAGUAACGUGGACAAGAAAUGUCCAGAAUUCAGAAGUAUCUACGGAUCAGUGGAACAGCUGAUUGAUAUGGACUUCACUAACUUGAAAGUACUCCUUCAUUUGCAAGGGUUGCAAGAGAUUUUAGUGAUUGUCAACGAGUAUCAGACAAGGUUGCAAGCAAUUCAAAGUACGGUCGACAGAACAGCAAAUGCAGGACCUCUAGAAACUAUUAUGGAGGAUGAAGAGUUCAUAGCUGCGAAAUCUAAAGUGAGCGUCACAAAACCUUCGCGCCGCAAGCAAGUGGAAAGCAUCCAACUGAAAGUGAACAUUAAGAUCGGGGCCAUAGAGAUCGGAUUCGCAAACAACAAGCGGCCGCUGUCCGUGAUCCAAGUGACGAGGGCCACCACAGGCUUGGUCAUGAAGACUUCAUAUACCCAAGUAGACUGCGCUAUUGGGUCAAUCAAAGUCGAGGAUUUGAAUCCAGACACUAUUCAUAGGGAGAUACUCAAAGUAAUCAGCGGCGACGUGAUGAACGUUCAAAUAGUGAUGUACAAUUUAGAUCAAUACCCAUCUGUGAGUGAUGUGAACAUGUCGAUAGACGCGCAAAUCAACUGUUUACGCAUCAUAUUCCUCAACUGGUUCGUGAGUUCUAUGCUGGAAUUCCUAAACAACUUCCAAACGGCGCAACAAGCGAUCAUCGACGCCUCGUCUCAGGCGGCCGACGCGGCUCGCGCUAACGUUCAAAACGCUUAUCAGAACUCCACCAAACUGGCAUUGAAAGUCCGGUUGGCAGCGCCCAUUAUUAUCGUCCCAGAGAACUCGCAUAGCCUCAACGCUAUGCUUGUGGAUUUGGGUAGAAUGAGCCUGAAUAACAAGUUCGUCGAUCUGCCUGUUGCUGAUGUCAGCAACAAAGUGACAGUAGACGAGCUGACCCUCGAGUUGGAAGACAUGAAAUUAUCCUGCGUACAACUCAACGAAGAAUUAGCGAUUCAGCAGGAGAGGAAACUCCUUCGGCCGACCAGCUUCAAGCUGUUUGUCAAGAGGAGUCUCUCCGCGUGGUACGAGACAUUGCCCGAUCUUGACAUCUCGGGGCGUAUGAAGACUAUCGCUAUAACAGUAGGCCACAGCGACUACAAGAGUAUAAUGAAGAUACUGAACCAGAAUCUCCAAGAGGGCCAAACGAAAUCAGAGGAGUCCAAACCUAAACAGGACGUGUCUAAAGUGGUCUCUAAGGCCACAGUCAAGAGCCAAACUAGCAAAGUGCAGACGAAGUCCACGGUUGCCGUGGUGACGUCCAAAGAUGCGAAGAAACCAAGGACUACUAUCAAGUUCUCGUUUACAAUGGACAGCUUCGUUAUUGACUUGAUGAAUACCAUUAGCUCCGAAGACGCCAUGUUCUCGAAAGACAUAGAACUAGCCAGGUUCUGCCUCGCACUCCUGUCGGUCAAAGGAAGGAUGUUCUCCGACAAUUCCAUGCACACGUCUGUGUUGCUAGUUGACUGUACACUCGACGACACCAGGCCGGGAAGAGGCGCUAAGAUUACAAGGUAUCUCGAGAGACGAAGAGAGAGGACUGAAUCAAGAUCCGAAUACGCGAUGGACGAAACUCGGGGCGCCAUUAUGGAAGCGCACGACAAGAUACGCAGCAUGAUCGACAUCACCUACACCAUGAAGAACUCGGAUACUUUUAUCGACAUGAGAAUCUUCAGUUUCAACCUGAUCCUCGCGAUGGACUUCCUCAACAAGAUCAUGGAGUUCCUGACAGUCGGAUUGGCGGCCGACGCGCCCGCCGCUGGGAAACCUAAAGAAGACCUGAAGGUGGUCAAGUCGGUCACUGACAAGUCUGGCGAAGGCAUGUCUAAAAAGAAAUUGUCGGUGGUAUCGGCGCCGUCGUUGGAACAGCCUCAGAAGACGUCGAUGAUGACAGUCAACGUCAAGAUAGAACAGCCGGACAUCAUUCUUGUUGAGUCGCUGGAGCAGAAGAAGUGCGACGCUCUUGUAUUGAACAUGGAAGCCCGCUUCAAGUUGCGUACCACAGAAGAACGCAUGGUAGCCGACGGCGGUAUAUCCGGGCUACAGAUGGUGGUGCGAACACUCGGCGCUCCUGAAGGCAACGCGCCGCGUUAUCUCCUUGCGCCUGCUAACCUGUCACUAGCGCUAUCACAGCCGCCUGGUAGCGGCAUGCACGCGGAUAUAUCCGUGUCUGACAUCAAGCUUACUGUGUCGCCUGACAUAAUAGCGCUCCUCAACCGCGUAUUAGCAACGAUCACGAGCAGCGACGAGAAUGAAACAGAACAAGAACAGAAGGCGAUAUACUACAAGGACCUGUGGAACAUGCAGCCCUUCAGAGCCAACUCGUAUUGGUUCCUCAAGACUGACGAGGCUGAAGAAGCGAUCAACCUCGAAGCAGCAUCAACAGACAACUCUGAAGAGCCGGCAGUGCCAACCGGCGAGAUAUGCCUUCUGUCCAGUCCGUCCAUCGUGGUGUCGUUAGAAAUGGACAUCGGUACCGAGACCAUUCCGGUCCUAGUCAUGCAGGCGUCGCUUACUGGACAACUCAAGGAUUGGAGCUCUGAUUUCUACAUGGAAUCCACGUGGGCGAUGCAAGUUUCGUACUACAACAUCGGGCGCGCGGUGUGGGAGCCGCUGAUUGAGCCAGUGGAGGUGUUGAAGGACUACCAGUACAAGCACGUGCCCUGGGAACUGAAGAUGGAGGUAGUGAUGCGCACUCAAGAGAACGUGGUAUCGAUAGACACCACGGACGAGGCGGCUAACAUCCAGGCGGUGGCGUUGCGGCAAGCCAACAAGACCAUCACUAUAUCCAGCAGCGAACCGCUCGAGAUAACCAUCACUAGGAGCGGGAUGGAGGUGCUGACACAGUUAGGAAACUCAUUCUCGGCCGCUAUAGCCGAAACUGACACAGCCUCGGUGUCUAAAUCGAAAGUCGACGGUUCCCACUCCAAAUAUUUCGGAGCUCCGUACGUUCUACACAACUGCACGGGACUUACUGCUAAGCUGAUGUUGCAAGACAACCAUGAUUUCUCUGUCUUUCUCACAGAUGAAUACGUAGCUUCAGACUACAGGGAAGUGGUAUUAGAACCAAACGCAUGCGUGCCACUGCAGUUGAAACAUGGCGGACUCAAUUUGAUGAAGCUAAACGAACCUCCUCCGCCGCUUAAAUUAAAUGUUAAGAUCGUAGAAAUGAACGAAGAAGUCCAAAUUCCUGUGGAGCGAGCGGACAAGCGAUACUUCACGCUCGGCCGUAAGCCGGGAGGCACUUUGGAGAAGAACGUGCCACACGUAGCGGCGAUUGAACCGCGCGGACUCAUCUCUGACAUCGUCAUGCAGGAAGCGGCUUUGCACAUUUAUUUGAGGAGUGUUGUUCAGGUGACAAACACACUGGCAGUGAAUGUGUCUGUAUACUACAUGACACUGAGCGGCAACGAGGUCCGCCUAUUGGGAGAUGUGAAGCCUGGCGGGAUUCUACGCAUGCCUUUACAGGCUGUGCACACGCCUACUGCCGAGAUAUUCUUUUCUGUAGAAGGUUUCACGGUCUCAGUGUCUCCGUUUAUAUGGCGCGAACUGCAGCAAGAAGUCAAAAUAUCGAAAUUGUUGCAAUGCGAUUCGAAAGACAAGAACAGUGGCGAAAAGUUUUACUUGAAGGCUAUAGGAACAAUGGAGCAAGUAUUCUACGAGCACACAAACAGGCAUACGUUCGCGUCUUCGUGCUACGAUAUCGUUUUGAAGCCAGCCGUGAAACUUCAGAACUGUUUGCCAGUGGACAUCGUGGUAUCCCAACUGGGAUUGAAACGGACUCAGAUAUUCAAGCCGGGAGAGAUGUUCCACUUGUCGCAUCUGGCGCCUAAUCGGGCUUCUGUCGUGCUUAUGAUCCAAAAUUAUCUGGACAAAUGUUGGGUGUGCACAAAGAAUCUACCCGAAUUGGAAACAGAGCUGUCAGUUUGGACUUUCGACUCCCACGACAGUCCGUCCUUGAUGACGUUAGACCUCGGAAUGCAUAGUGUGGACAUGGAAGGCACGCAAGUGUUGUCCCUUUACUGUCCCUUCUGGAUGCUGAAUAAGACUGGCUUCACGCUCCACUAUAGGAAAUCAAAGAAACCAGAAAAAGACUCCGGAACUCCCAGCAAGAACCUGGAUGAGACGGGCAACGUGAUAUGCCACCCCAAGGAAUAUAAAGAGCCGAUUCUGUUCUCGUUCCGGGCGAAAAAUUUUUUCGGCAAGAAAAAGGCAGCCAUUCGCGUGGAGUUCGGGGAAUGGUCCGACAAAUUCCCUCUAGAUGUCCCCGGAAGUUCGGGCUUGGUGUUGUGUAAACAUGAGGGUAGGACGUAUCAGGUGGCAGUGACAAACCAACUGACAUUCAACAGUUUGACAAAGAUGGUGGUGUUCACGCCGUUCUUCCUCAUAAUCAAUGAAGCGCCGUUUGCUAUUCAAUAUCAAGAGCUACACCGAUCUGGGGAUCCGUGGAAAGAGGUGGAUCAAAACUCCAGCGCGCCUCUAUGGCCAGUCAUAGACAAGGAAGACAAACUGUUGUUAUUACGGGUGUCAGGAUCGACCGAACACGCUGCGCCGUUCUUGUAUACGGAACAACACAGCGUCUGCUUGAAGUUGAAUAACGAUUACGGCGGUCUCCACGUAGAAGUGCAGCUAAGCGAAGGAGGUACUUACAUCACGGUGCGCCAGUACCGCGACGGGCACGCGCCGGCGCUGCUCGUCAACUUCACGCGGUUCCCCGUCGUCGUGUACGAGAAGGAGAACGUCAACGUCAAUGUUCUCGAGUUAACCCUACAGUGCGGCGGUCUCCACGUAGAGGUGCAGCUAAGCGAGGGUGGUACUUACAUCACGGUGCGCCAGUACCGCGACGGGCACGCGCCGGCGCUGCUUGUCAACUUCACUCAGUUCCCUGUCAUCGUUUAUGAGAAGGAAAACGUCAACGUCAAAAAACUGGAAUCGAUGCACAAAAUGUUGUUCACGUGGGACAACCCGGCUGGACCGCGCUCACUUAUAUUUGAAGGGUACAAGAAGAAAGAAAUCGAAAACGACCUGAGGAAGGAUGGAAUCGGAGAUUUCAUGAUUAACGAAACUAACCGGGUAUCCUGGGUAUCUUUCCUGGACGGACUUCAAAGGGUUAUCUUGUUCACUGACGAUCCGAAUCUAGCGAGUGGCGCCCACACGAUAGGCGAAGCCGAAUUCGUGGAUACUGAAAUCGUGUUGUCUAUGCAAGGAAUGGGUCUAUCUCUGGUCAAUGACCCUGAGUUGCUGGAGAUUGUUUACAUCAGCAUAUCCAACUCCGGUAUCAUUUGGGAACAAUGCAAGAUAGGUGCACGCCGCUACAAAAAAAUUGACGGCGCGAAAUUGGCACUGUACGAAGACCAUUAUCAGCAGUACUUGAUUGACAAGAUGGCCAGUGACGAACCAAUACCACCGUGCAGGAUGAUUGAUGAAAAGACUGAGGUGAACUUUGAAGAGAUGAGAAUAGUAAAACCUAAUCCACGUCUGCUUCGUCGUACCCUCCAAGCCGGCUUAUGGGCUUCCUACGGCCUUACAGCACAUUCGAGGCGUCUCCACGCUCGUCUGCACAGGCUUCAGAUAGACCAACAACUGCCGUUACCCACCUUCCCAGUUGUGUUGGCCCCUGUGCCUCCGCCUAGGUCUAUAGCCAAUGAAGGUCCUAGUGCCCGCGGGAUGCCGAAUAUCGUUGGAGGCAUGAAACCCUUCAUCGAAGUAUCCAUAGUGGAGCGUAUAAUGGAGCACAGCAAAGUGCGCCAGUAUAAGUACUACAAGGUGCUGAUUCAGGAGUUCCAUGUGAAAGUCGACAUGGGACUUGUUAACGCACUCAUGGGAAUGUUCCCGCAACGAGUGCUUACGGAACAGGAGGCGCUGGAUGCCUUCGAACUAGACUUAGAAAAGGCUGGACAGCCCUUAGAAGCACUGGCUGCUUUAGGAGUUGCUUCGGACCAGAAGAACUUCUACGACAAUCUGCAUUUAUCGCCGCUUAAGGUUCACGUUUCCUUCUCACUCGGUGGUGCGACUCAACUGCCUACUUUCAUAGGCACUGUGCUACAAAGUAUAGGCGUUACUUUGACCGAUAUGAACGAUGUAGUGUUCAAGUUGUCAUACUAUGAACGCAACUAUGAGUUCCUCUCUCAGAAAGAACUCAUCUCGCAAGCGCAGAGCCACUAUACGGGGCAAGCGUUGAAACAGCUGUAUGUUUUGGUGCUUGGACUGGAUGUGAUCGGAAAUCCGUAUGGCCUGGUCAUCGGCCUUAAGAAGGGCGUUGAGGAUCUCUUCUACGAACCCUUCCAGGUUUGUUCUGAUUACCAAAGACGUCGUCGAGAUAAUAUAAACAAACCACCUGCAAACUUGCAAGAAGGACUUGCUCGUAGCGGAAAGGGGCUUGUUAUGGGAGUGUUUGACGGUGUUACCGGAGUGUUCACGAAGCCCUUCGAAGGGGCUCGGGAUGAGGGCGUGGAAGGGUUCUUCAAGGGGCUGGGCAGGGGUGCCGUGGGGCUGGUCGCCAGACCCACCGCUGGGGUCGUGGACUUUGCCUCCGGCUCCUUAGACGCCGUCAAGAGGGCGGCAGAUCUGUCUGAAGAGGUGACGAAGCGACGAGCGGCGAGGUACUUGCCGGCUGAUUCUGGCGUAAGGCCCUACUCUCGGCUACACGCCGAAGGAUAUAAGAUGCUGUUCGAGUUGGAAAAGGGCAAGUUCGUGAGUACGGACACAUAUGAGGCCCACGUGUGGGUCAUUCCUGCCAAGGAAGUGGUGAUGUGCACGGACAAGCGGCUUCUGUACCUUGAGAAGAAUAACGUCUUCGGCGGGUGGCAGAUUGUUUGGUCGUACCUCUGGUCGGAGAUUCCGGACGUGCCGACAGCAGCCAACAAGGGCGUGUACAUUCCCACAGCCAAAAAGAAGGUUUUGGGCAUGUUCCCAUCGUCGGGCUCCGGGAAACUCAUCUUCUUGUACGACGAGCAGCAGAAGAAGUAUUUGCUAGCCCAGUGCGAGCGACUCAUGCGGUCGGCGCGUUGACAUGAGGACGUAGAAAGAAUCACGCUCGCGGAACAAGUCGAGCAAUUCUUUCUACUUAUAUUCGAUUUUCGCACAGCGCUGCAUACUCUCGCCUAUCACGUUAACCUGCACCAUAUCGGCCCAAAAGGCUUCCGCUGACUGUGCUAAGAACGGACUUUUUUGACUAGCUUUAAUCGUGCUUUUUGUGUUUCGUUAUUAGUAUACUUAUUAUGUACAAUUUAGCUAGUACAUUUGUACGGAAUUGAUUUUUUAAACGCCCCGAAACCAAGACUACCUUUACAGAAAUAUGGUUGUAAUUUGUACAACUGUAACCAGUAGACUUAAUUAUAAGUGCAUAUUUUCUAUAAUAGUGACCUCACAUGAAAUAAAGUUCCAUGCCUGCAUGGUAUUUAAGACUCGAUUUAUACUUAUUGUAUGAUAUUAUUAAUAGUUCGUAUUUCUCCUUGCGCUAUUUUCUACGACUUUUACAAAAGCAUCUCAUAGCUUGAUCAGUAGACCGCUUUGAGAGCGCAUCAAAGCAUAGGUACCUCUUGAAGUAUUUUGCAAUGCAUUUAUAUAAGACUUUAAUAUUUUGUAAGUUGUUUUACAAUAUUUCAGUCUUCCGUUACCGAAUAGUGGUUUUAAUACUACUUAUUUUCAUUCUUUACAAUCAAGACACAAUCGAUAAGAAUUCAAUACUCGAAUACUUUGAAGAACUCUGAAUGUGUUGUUUGAAUCUUGUUAUGUUUCCGUGAUAAUUAGGUCUAUAAUGAUGUUAGAUUUGUUAAUUUUGUAAGUACUUAUAUAAAAAUAAAGACCACCACCAAAUCAACCUGUAGUAACCAAUGACUGUAAUUUUACUUACCGAAUAUAA